CCGCGUGCCACGUGACCGCCUGGCUGGCGCGCGCGCCUGGGGGUUCGGUCCCUAGCCGCGUUCUCGGUCGCUUCCCUCUUCCCUCGCCGCCUCCUGGCCUUCGCACCGACGCGGCCCGGGCUGGAGCCGAGCCGGGGCCGAGCUGCAGGCCGAGCCGGAGCCGGAUCCGUACCCGCAGAGACGUGGAAACAUGGAGGCCUGAGCCGGUGUGCGCCACCUGGGGCUGCGGCGGCGACAGCGACUUCUCCUGACCCCUCUGCCACCCGCCCGUCCGUCCGCCGGUCUGUGGAACUGGAGCUGAUCCCCCCGCCGGCUGAGACAGGCUGUCUUUUGGAAAUGCAGGUUUAAGGACAAACUAUCUGCUUAAGCUAGAAGAUGGGAUCGAAUAGCAGCAGAAUUGGCGAUCUUCCUAAAAAUCAGUACUUGAAAAAGUUAUCAGGCACGGAAUCCAUCUCUGAGAAUGACCCGUUCUGGAAUCAACUUCUCUCGUUUUCUUUCCCUGCACCAACUAGCAGUACUGAGUUGAAACUCUUGGAGGAAGCAACCAUUUCAGUCUGCAGGUCGUUAGUUGAAAACAAUCCUCGAACAGGAAAUCUUGGUGCACUAAUUAAGGUCUUCCUUUCUAGAACCAAAGAACUAAAACUUUCAGCAGAAUGUCAGAACCACAUCUUCAUUUGGCAGACACACAAUGCUUUGUUUAUUAUUUGCUGUUUGCUGAAAGUGUUCAUCUGUCAGAUGUCAGAGGAGGAAUUACAACUUCAUUUUACUUAUGAAGAAAAAUCUCCUGGCAAUUACAGUUCUGACUCAGAAGAUCUUUUGGAAGAAUUGCUGUGCUGUUUGAUGCAGUUAAUCACUGAUAUUCCACUCUUAGAUAUUACAUAUGAAAUAUCAGUAGAAGCUAUAUCAACAAUGGUUGUUUUCCUUUCCUGCCAACUCUUCCACAAAGAAGUUUUGCGACAGAGCAUCAGCCACAAGUAUUUGAUGCGAGGUCCAUGUCUUCCAUACACCAGCAAACUUGUGAAGACCUUAUUAUAUAACUUUAUCAGACAAGAAAAGCCACCUCCUCCAGGAGCCCAUGUUUUCCCUCAGCAGUCGGAUGGGGGAGGACUGCUUUAUGGACUUGCAUCAGGAGUAGCAACAGGACUCUGGACUGUCUUCACACUAGGUGGUGUGGGCAGCAAAGUGGCUGCCUCUCCAGAGCUUUCUUCCCCUCUGGCCAACCAGAGUCUCCUGCUUCUGCUGGUGUUGGCCAAUCUGACAGAUGCCUCAGAUGCGCCAAACCCCUACAGACAAGCCAUUAUGUCCUUCAAGAACACACAAGAUAGCAGUCCUUUCCCCCCAUCAAUUCCACAUGCCUUCCAGAUCAACUUUAAUAGUUUGUACACAGCUCUUUGUGAACAGCAGACAUCUGAUCAAGCAACUCUCCUCUUGUAUACCUUGCUCCAUCAAAAUAGUAAUAUUAGAACAUAUAUGUUGGCUCGCACAGAUAUGGAAAAUCUUGUUUUACCAAUUCUUGAGAUUCUGUAUCAUGUUGAAGAAAGGAAUUCACACCAUGUGUAUAUGGCCCUUAUAAUAUUGUUGAUCCUUACGGAAGAUGAUGGCUUCAACAGAUCCAUUCAUGAAGUGAUACUAAAAAAUAUUACUUGGUAUUCAGAACGAGUUUUAACUGAAAUCUCCUUGGGGAGUCUCCUGAUCCUGGUGGUAAUAAGAACCAUUCAAUACAACAUGACUAGGACAAGAGACAAGUACCUUCACACAAAUUGUUUGGCAGCUUUAGCAAAUAUGUCGGCACAGUUUCGUUCUCUCCAUCAGUAUGCUGCCCAGAGGAUCAUCAGUUUAUUUUCUUUGCUGUCUAAAAAACACAACAAAGUUCUGGAACAAGCCACACAGUCCUUGAGAGGUUCGCUGAGUUCUAAUGAUGUUCCUCUACCAGAUUAUGCACAAGACCUAAAUGUCAUUGAAGAAGUGAUUCGAAUGAUGUUAGAGAUCAUCAACUCCUGCCUGACAAAUUCCCUUCACCACAACCCAAACUUGGUAUAUGCCCUGCUUUACAAACGCGAUCUCUUUGAACAAUUUCGAACUCAUCCUUCAUUUCAGGAUAUAAUGCAAAAUAUUGAUCUGGUGAUCACCUUCUUUAGCUCAAGGUUGCUGCAAGCUGGAGCUGAGCUGUCAGUGGAACGGGUCCUGGAAAUCAUUAAGCAAGGCGUCGUUGCACUGCCCAAAGACAGACUGAAGGUAAGAAGGCUAAAGAAAUGUCCACUUGACACUGCCGUGUCCCUUGAUGUAAAUGUUAGUGUCUUAGCAGACCCUAUCCAGAAUCGUGCUGCUUACCCAGUAUAUAGACUAGAAGGGCACCUCAGAACUGUGACAAAGGUUUCUGACAGCUUUUCAAAAGAAGCAUUAAUACUUUCAUGCCACUGCAUAUCCUACAGGUAACCGUGGCAUGCACUAUAAUUCAUAUACUGUAAAUAAAAGGACACCUUAUUUUUUUAACCCAGUAAAACAAAUUCGGCCUUAAAAGUAUCAUCAAGAGUUGAUGGGAAGGUGGUGAUGAAGAUGAUCACAACAGUAGCUAAUAUUUCCAUAGUGUGACUCAGUGCCACACAGGUUCUAAAUGUGUUAUAUCAAGCUCAUUCGGUCCCUACCACAGCCCUUUAAGGUGGGUAGUGGUAUCAUCCUAAUUUUUCAGAUGAGGAAACUAAUGUACAGUGAGGUUAAGAAACUUAGCCAAAGCCAUACAACUGGAAAAUGAUGGAGCCUGGAGAUUGAAACCCAGGAAGUCUAGCUCCAGAGCCCACGUUCAUAAUUGCUGCACUGUUUACUGUGUGCCUGGGAUGUAAUAGUGGAAAGAGAUGCACUUCGUGGAGAAGGUGGGGGAAAUGCUGCAUUUGAAGAAGGCAUUUACAUCUGUUUGAUAGAUGUACUCCUGAAGCAGUCUCACAAUAUCAAACUCAUACUUCAAGACUAAUUAUCCCAUAAGAAAAAGAUGUAAAGAAGAUCCUUUGGGGAAUGCAUGAAUGUACAGCAUUGCAGCUUACUUUUACUUUACUGUUCUUUUUAAUUUUUUCUUCAUUAGCUCUAAUUUUUUAGAGUGCUUUCACCUAAAUUACCAACACAGGAGGUCAUAGUGGAUAUUUGGCCUUCAUAGUGUUUUGUCACAACUCACGUCUGUUCCAGUGUUACUGUUUUUGGGGGCUGUGUUUUUCAGCACUAUCACUAGAACCACUGCUUAAUGAAUGCUUGAGAGAUAUUGUUGUAGGAUAUAAAAAUAUUUUCAAUUAUAAUAACAGAGUUUGUAAAAUAACAGCACAUUAGUCAUCAUAAUCACUUACUGAAGUUCCACUGUACAUAAACAACAGUGAGAUUCACACGGUACUGAGCAAAGAUGGCAAAUGUUCUGUUUAUCAGCCAAAGUGGCACCACCAUGUGGUAACAGCAUAAAAACAGGUUACAGUUCACUGGGCCCUCCAGCUUGGAUGUGUUCCUAUUCCAGAUAAUUUUUUUAAAUAUAGAGAAUUCAUAUUGUUUCCAUUUUUACAUAAAGUAAGACCUUGGUUUGUUGGUUGGUUUGGGGGUAUUUUUGUGGGAUUUUUUUGAACUAUUUCAAAUUUAUGUAUACUAUACCAUGUGAACCAGUACAAAAAAAUCCAUGAAGAUUAAAGUGGCUACUCCCAGGAAGUGAUGGAUCUUGGUGUGUAAACUCAGUCAAGAACAAAGUAGAAAUCUCGAGGCUGCCAAAAAAGAACACUGCAGUGGAGUCUGGGGAAGGUUAAUCUUAUAAUUCACUGUGAUACUUACCCUAAAGCAAAAUGAAUUACAGUGUGCAGGCUAAGUGCUAGAAUGUUAAUAUUUGUUCAUUUAUUAUACUAUGUUCAAAAAUAAAAUGUCAUUUAUAUUUGAGACAGUGACAUAUAAACAAAAAUGUAACUCUUUUCGUUUUUCAGAAUUAUGGCUAAAUAGAGAAAAUAAUUGAUCUAUGGUGGGUCCCAGGCAAGUUGACUCUGAUUUAGAGCAAGAUCCUAUUAAGGCCAAGGUCAUGGAUAAAUUUCUUAAGAGGGCCAGUUAAUUUGGUUCUGGAACAUAGCAAGAAGUUGUACUCCUGACCUCAGCUUGCCAUCUCACUUCAUGGUUGCAAAAGGAUAGAGGAUGGAUGAUUCAGUUUAAAAAAAAAAAAACUAUCACCGGUACUAGAAAAGAUUACAUUUACUAAAAUUACAUUUACCCACAGAUGGUGAGUCAUCCUAGUUGGUUUAAAUGAUAGCAUAUUAUUACCACAGAUGUUACUAGAAAUAAAAGGCUGUUUAUCCUUACAAUCAAGCCUUAUCUCAAUUAUUUUAAUCAUCUUUUUGGAUUGAGUGUUUAUAAUAAAAUGAAUCACUUAAAACCUCUAGAGUUUGAUUCACAGAAUACCACAGUAUCUAAAGUUGAUUGAAAAUUCAAGCUGUGUUGAAUAAUGUUUACAUUAUACUACGUGAAAGCACAUUAUAGUCUUUGGAGUAGUUUACUAAUAUAUACUGAUAAAAUAAUUGUCGGGUAUGUAAUAAUAGUUUCAUACAUGAUAUUGAUGUAAAAGUUGGUUUCAAAUUGGAAAUGCUGUCUUAAUAAGCCCUCUAUGAAAAUGUGGAAUAAUACCUACUAAUUGAUUUGUUGUUUCUUAAAAUAUAUAAAUUAAACACUUAGAAACUCAGAAUUCUUUACUACUACCUUCUGGGUUGUUAAGAGGAUCACAGCGCCCCUUACUCAUGAAAAAUUCACCAGCUAAUGUCAGCUGAAGCCGAUGAACCAAAAGUUUUAGAAGUUUCCCUUGCAUUGUAGAAUUGAAGCCAACUUUGUAGAAGUAGUAUUCUUCCAAUUUUGGGCAAGUAAACAGUAAGAUCUGGAAGCCCAUGGAAGAGUAAUUGACUUCCAACCAAAUAAAAUAUUUUUCAAUCAAAUAUUAUUUGACAUAGCCUUCUAAAAUAUUUGUGUAAUAUCCUAUGUGGGAAUACAUACUCUUUGGAUAAAUCUGUCUAUAUAGUUAAACAACUUGGCUGUUCAGAGUAAAUAGUAUUAAUAUCAUUCUAAACAUUUUCUUCUUACUGGUAUUCUGUGAAGUCUGGGAAAGGCAAUACCAGGUAAUUAUUUUUUCCGGAGCCUCCUGCUUAAACAGAGACCUAAAGAACAGGCUCUGAAAUCCUGAGUCACUUAUUUCUCCUUUAGGGUUUGGAAGGAAAUAAAUAAAGUUAGUAUGUCCUCUGGGAGCCGACUUAGAAGCCGCAGCUCAAAGCUCUCACUGUCUGUAUCCACAACAGGGCAUGUUCCUGGCUCGCGUUUUGCUUACUGUGGAGCAAUUUGAAUGUCAUGGUGAUGGGUCAGAAUUCAUCCAGAUCCGUGCGUGUUCUCAUACCACUGCCACCUCAGAUUUUAUUAUGUUGGGCUCUCAAGUCCCCUCUUUUCUUCAGUUUAGUGAAUUAUCUAUGUCAUUUGAGGAUUAAGAAUUUUACUGUGUUUAGUGUUUGAAAACUAGGUAGUGCUUUUCAAGGGGAAUUAACCAGAAGAUAACUUACCUUUUAGUGUAAAUAAGAAAGUAUGGAAUAAUAUGUUAUUGACAAUAACCAAACUUUUCAUUUACUCAAGACACUUGAUAAGUCAUAGGAAUUAAAAGUAAUUACCAGUUUCACACUAAAUGAUUUUUAAAGCCUUUAUUUUAUAUCCACUUUUUAGAAUACUUUCAUGGUUGUUUUUAGUUGCAUAAAGAAAAAUAUAAAAAAUCACAUUAACUGACUUGCUUAAAACCUUUCCCCUUGCUCCUAUUUGGGGGUCUCUUCCCUAUCUCACCCUAAGCAUCUUUUGUUUCUUUGUCAGUUCUCUAUCCCCAGAGCAGAUUCCUGAGUGCCGUACUGGGAGGGCCCUUCGGGGUCCCACAGGAACAACCCCUGUGUGUCCACAGUCACUCUCUUCUGCCUCCCCACACAUCCACACUCCUUGUGUAUCUCUACCUGUGGAAAUAUGAAUAGCCAGCAUCCUCCCUCUAACACAAAAGUACUGUUAGAUCCCAAACCCUAGAAAUUCUCAUUUCUCGAGUCAUUCCUUUCCCUCCACAUUGCCACCCUCCCAUGUGGCUGCUCCACAUUUCCCCCACAGUCUGUUGCUAUAAACUCCUAAUUGGAGUCUCCACUUCCGCAUCUUUCUUCCUCCCCAGGUGUCCUUAGCCCUGUUGCCAUCCUUAUACCCUGCUCUGAUCCAGCACGCAAGGCACUUCAUGGCCUAGCUCCUGACUUAAGUUGUGUUCUUUUUCCUCCUACGGAUCCUGUGCUCCAACACUGUCAGCCGCUGGCUGAUCGCCAGGUGGACAGAGUCCUUGCAUGCCAGGCCUUUGUGCAUGCAGCUUCUGGGUUCUCACAGAUUCAUGGCUUGUCUGUCAGGUGAGCCGAUCAUGCUCCCCACUUUCUAUGAAGCCCACUCUGAUUCACCCACGCACACUCGGUGGUUUUCUCCACAUUCCUAUGGCGCACGUAUGUCCCUCCAUUAUAGCAAAACCAUCCCCCAGCACACCCAUCUCAUUCAAUACAUAUUCGUGGGGUAAAUUAACUUCUCCACUCUGCCUCUGGAUUCCUAUUUCUCUCCUUCUUCUCAGCCAAAAUCUUGAUUUCUCCUUUGGUCCUUCAACUCUCCUUAUUCAUUGCACAGCAUUAGUGCAGAACAUUAAAGGAGGGACUCCCAGUGAAGAGUGAGGCUUUUCUCCAUGGCUUGCUGUCCCAAGGACCCCUCAGCCCAGGCUCUCCGGUGGAAGACUAAGGGUCUCUUACCACUAAGCUUUCCCUGCUAGUUGGUUUUCCUGUAUUUGGCCCUUCUCCUUCUACCACCCUUCUCCUUCUGUCCCCAGAUUUGCUUCUCAGGAUGUAUGCACCCACCUGUUCCUUUACAUUAAUUUGCAUCAUCAUCAUCAUCACCGAUAUCAUCUGUAAUAUACAAGCAAAGCAUCUCUUAUAAAUGUGGUUUGUUUCUUCCUACUGCAGCUCGUUAUUUUACCCCCACUUUGACCACAACAUUGCUAGGACAUUGGGGAAACAGAAGUAUGUAAGACACCACCUCUGCCCUCAGAAAAAUGUAUCACCUUUCAGGAGAGAAAGGCACCCCCUUGCAUUGCAGAGCUGAAUAGAGCAUGGCACUUUAUGCUAAAUGUCAAAUGAAUGGUGUAGAAGUUAAGUUCUGGAAGAAGGAAUGGAGACACUGCUGGGAAGAACUAGUCAGGGAACGUUUAAGAGAAACCUGGACUUGACCUUCUCUGUCUUAAAGGGAUGGUAAGAUUUCCAUAAAGCUGGGAUGAAAGAGAAAUCCAGAUGGAGAAAUCCGUGUGUGAGUACAAGAGAAGGCCCAAGGCAAGUUCAGCUUAGUGUCCAACUGGAACAAUAGGACUCCCCUAAUUCUCUCUGCUGUAUUAAUGUGGCUUGUAUUAUUUAAUGGUACAAUAAAGUAAUUAGUGGCUUUCAAACUCUUUAGACUGCCACCCACAGCAAAAAAUACAUUUAACAUCAUGAUACAAUUCACACAUUUAUAUACAACUGAAAUGAAAGUUUGAUAAAACAGUACUUAACCUCAUUAAAUGUGAUGGGCCCCGAUAUUGCCUAUUCUGUUUCUUUUUUUAAAAUUGUUAGUCAGACCCAUUAAAUUGAUUUAAUGAUCCACUAUUAUUUAGUAACUCAGAGAGUUUUAAAAAUAAUGUAUCAAGGCUGGGUGUGGUGGCUCACACCUGUAAUCCCAGCACUUUGGGAGCUGGAGGCGGGCAGAUCACGAGGUCAGGAGUUCGAGACCAGCCUAACCAACGUGAUGAAACCGAGAUCGUGCCACUGCACUCCAGCCUAGGGGACAGAGCGAGACUCCAUCUCAAAAUAAAUAAAUAAAUAAAUAAAUAAAUAUCAAAUCAUUGUUUUUCAAAGUGUGAUCCUCAUAGCAGCAUCAGCAUCCCCUAGGAACUUGCUAGAAAUGGAGGUUCUCUGGCCCUACCCCAGACCUAUGGAAUUAGAAUCUGUGGGGCUGGGGCAGUCAGUGCGUAACAUCAGCCCCUGUGUGAACUGAUGCCUGCUCCAGUUUGAGAAGCACAGCACUAGAUAAUUGCUCCAAACACACCAGCCCUCUCCACUCUUAGAGCCUUGCCUAGAUCACUCUCCCUGCUCCAGAUAUCUGCUGGCCUCAUUCCUGCAUCUCCUUCAAGUCUUUACUCUCGUGAGCAAAUGAAAUCACUCUCUCCAUCAUGCCUGCCCGACCUUCCAGUUAACAUUUCUGCACUCCCAGUCCCCCAAUCCUACUGUAUGUUUUCUUUUUCUGCAGCAUUGUCAUCUAGCAUACUGUAUAAUUAUUUAUUAUUAUCCUCCUAGAUAAUGUAAGCUCCAGGAGGCCAGGGGUCUUCAUAUUUUGUUCACUGGAGUAUCUGAAAUGUACCUGGCACAUACUGGGCACUUUAAUAUUUGCUGAAUGGGAGGGAGGGAGGAAAUGAGAAAGAGAGGGAUACCAACGAACAAUGGGCCUGUUGACCAUAAAAUGCCACUUCAAGAAAACAUUCUUUGAAGAACAGCUCUCCAUAGACUCUUAAAAGGUCAGCUUUUAUUCCAAAAUAUUAUAAAGAAGCUCGGUUAAGACUGGAGGUCUUGGUCACUUUGUUGGAAUAGUUGCUUUUUAAAAGUCUACAUUAUUCCACAUUUAUGCAUUCUUAUAGCUACAAAACCCUACUGUGAAGACCUCCAUUUUAGUAGUUCUCAUCAAUAAGCUAAUUCUUAUGUAAAUUGGCCUUACUAAAUUUUUAAUAGUUUCUCAGGGGUUCUCUUCUUGACUGUCACCUGCAGUGAUUUCAUAGUUCAAGCAGAGUAAAAUAUUCUGAUUUAUGGUACUAGGAUAAAUUUUUCAAGUGAUCUCAUUUUUUCCUAUUUCUGAACCUUUCUCAGAGGGUGAAGAGCAUGGAGGGCCUGUCAGGCUCUAUGAGAGUCCAAUAAAGAGCCACUGUUUGCUUUUUCUGGUUCAUUCUCUCUACUUUCCCUGAUCCAUGUAGAGCAUGUGUGUGUUCAGGGCCUGACAGAAAGUCGAGGAGACCGAGUGCCUGACACCGUCCACCAGCCCAACAGCAAAGCCUCUUCUUCAGACUAAAUCUGCUGCUAGCUUAUAGCUACUUUAAUUGUACAAAUGAUGUCAUUUGACUUUUUUCUCCUGUUUUUAUUUUUAUCACUUUAGACUUUUAAAAAAUCGUUUUCUCUCUUUCCUGACAUAUUGUUACCUUUUUGCUGUGGGAUGGGAGCUAGGAAGCAUUCAGCAUAAAGGGGAUAGCUCUGUGCUGGGCUUCUAUCCUCAAAGGAGAGAUGACAUUUCUGCCAUUCCACCAGGCCCAAAAUGAUCUCUGCAGAAUUCAACAAUCACAGUGGCUCUCCCUCCCAUUCUGACUCUCCUUGAGUUUCUUGUCCAAUAAAGACAAAGAUCAAGUCUUAUAAGUUACUUCUGCCUCCCAUGGAAUAGUAAACACAGGCUCAUAAGUGGCUCCAGAAACUGCUAGAAUAAUGUAAUACCUGAUUCUUAGGACCAUUUAAUCCUCAUAUGAGAAAUUUUAUGUUAUGAACUCCAUGGUCUCACAUGCACACAUGCACACACACAAAUUUGCAGGAUGUUGCUACAGCUUUCCAAGUCACCAGUUCUACAUAUUGGGAAGGAAACAAAUGGGAAAUCUUAGCCAAGGCCAGUCCCUCAGUUGAAUCCCUCCAGAGUCAUUUUGUAGGACAAGGACUAUAGAAAGCACAAUAGAACACCCAUAAUGUUGAUACUAGAAUCUCUUCUGUAUUGGGGUUAUCUAAGAAGGAAUCUGGUCACAUUGAUUCUCCCUCCAUCAAAAUGAGGAUUUCAAGAGAAUUCUCUUUUUUUUUUUUUUUUUAAUUUUAUUAUUAUUAUACUUUAAGUUUUAGGGUACAUGUGCACAAUGUGCAGGUUAGUUACAUAUGUAUACAUGUGCCAUGCUGGUGUGCUGCACCCAUUAACUCGUCGUUUAGCAUUAGGUAUAUCUCCUAAAGCUAUCCCUCCCCCCUCCCCCCACCCCACAACAGUCCCCAGAGUGUGAUGUUCUCCUUCCUGUGUCCAUGUGUUCUCAUUGUUCAAUUCCCACCUAUGAGUGAGAAUUAAUGAACAGUCACCUGGAGCACUCUUUUCAUAUGCAGGUUCCGGAUCCCACCUGAGAUUCUAACCUAGUAGACUGGUGAUGAACUCAGGAAUCUGUCUGGUUAAACAGUUCUUUGAGCAGUGCUGAUAACCUGCCAGAUUUGGGAACCACUACUGUAUGGACCAGUUUUCUUCAAUUCCCUGCCCUCACAAAAACUAAGGAGAUGAUGGCUAGGAUUAACAGUUGGCCUUGAUAAGCUUGGAGCUGUUUUUUUCCAACUUCCCUACAAAAGACAGAGAACUUUCACUUUGUGAUCCUUAAAGUAGAUUCCUUUAAAGUGGAAAAUAUUUUACAUGUAACCCAAAUAUAAGAUGAGAAUUACUUUAAAAUGAGACACAGUAGUAAAAUUCCAUUAAUAAAGUCUGUGGCCUUUUAAAUGUUGCAUAUACUUUUCAGUCUGACAUAAGUAUCCCUCUUUUGACUCAACUUCCUUUUUCUUUGUUGUUUACUAUUCAGUUAACAUUAAUUGAGCACUUGCUCUAUACCAGGUGCUCUGGUAGGUAUUUUUAUAUAGGUGAUCUCAUUUAGUCUCCCUAGCAAUUCUAUGAGGUGUAAGGAUAAUUUCCAUUCUGCAAGUGAGGAAACAGGCUAAGGAGUUCACUGGAGCCAGGUGCAGUGACUCAUACCUGUAAUCCCAGCGGUUUGAGAGGCUGAGGCAGGACGAUCACUUGAGCUCAGGAGUUUGAGACCAGCCUGGGAAACAUAACGAGACCUCAUCUCUACUAAAACUCCCCCCUAAAAUAUUAGCCAGGUGUGGUAGUGCGCACCUGUAGUCCCAACUAUUCAGGGGGCUAAGGCAGGAGGAUCGCUUAGGCCCUGGAAAUUGAGGCUGCAGUGAGCCCUGAUCCUACCACUGUACUCCACCCUGGGUGACAGACAAGAUUAUUUUAGUCCCUCUUACCUUUGAGCCAUGAAUUUCAGCUAUUCCUUCUUUCAAAUCCUAAAUUUUUGCUUCCUCUUACCCAUUUGCUUAAUAGACCAAUUUGUGUAACUGAAACCAUACAUAAUACACCAAAUUAAGUCCUUGAGUUUGACAAUAUCUGUACUCAGUGUUGUAGAGUAACCUUUGAAAUGUUUGAAAGUUAUGUCCAUUGCUGCUUUAUGGAGUACUGAAAGGCUGUUAGGCCUUUCUUUUUUUUAUUUUUUUAUUAUUAUACUUUAAGUUCUAGGGUACACGUGCACAACGUGCAGCUUUGCUACAUAUGUAAACAUGCGCCAUGUUGGUGUGCUGCACCCAUUAACUCGUCAUUUACAUUAGGUAUAUCUCCUAAUGCUAUCCCAUCCCCCUCCCCCCAUCCCACAACAGGCCCCCGUGUGUGAUGUGAAAUGGGGAAAGGAUUCCCUAUUUAAUAAAUGGUGCUGGGAAAAUUGGCUAGCCAUAUGUAGAAAACUGAAACUGGAUCCCUUCCUUACACCUUAUACAAAAAUUAAUUCAAGAUGGAUUAAAGACUUAAAUGUUAGACCUAAAACCAUAAAAACCCGAGAAGAAAACCUAGGCAAUACCAUUCAGGACAUAGGCAUGGGCAAGGACUUCAUGUCUAAAACACCAAAAGCAAUGGCAACAAAAGCCAAAAUUGACAAAUGGGAUCUAAUUAAACUGAAGAGCUUCUGCACAGCAAAAGAAACUACCAUCAGAGUGAACAGGCAACCUACAGAAUGGGAGAAAAUUUUUGCAAUCUACUCAUCUGACAAAGGGCUAAUAUCCAGAAUCUACAAAGAACUCAAACAAAUUUACAAGAAAAAAACAACCCCAUCAAAAAGCAGGCACAGGAUAUGAACAGACACUUCUCAAAAGAAGACAUUUAUACAGCCAAAAGACACAUAAAAAAAUGCUCAUCAUCACUGGCCAUCAGAGAAAUGCAAAUCAAAACCACAAUGAGAUACCAUCUCAUACCAGUUAGAAUGGCGAUCAUUAAAAAGUCAGGAAACAACAGGUGCUGGAGAGGAUGUGGAGAAAUAGGAACACUUUUACACUGUUGGUGGGACUGUAAACUAGUUCAACCAUUGUGGAAGUCGGUGUGGUGAUUCCUCAAGGAUCUAGAACUAGAAAUACCAUUUGACCCAGCCAUCCCAUUACUGGGUAUAUACCCAAAAGAUUAUAAAUCAUGCUGCUAUAAAGGCCUUUCUUGUACAUAAUAUUGAAAUUGCAGUAAACAUACAAUGGCUUAAUGUCAUAUUUACUUUCUGACUAAUCAUUCUUGAUAAACAGG